ACUACUGAAAAAUAUGGAUAACAUUCAUCAUGAAGAUAUUAAAAGCUUCAAAUUUAUCCCGGUCGGUGGUAAUUGGAAGCGAGGUGCUUAUGACAAAGACUGUUGUGUCUAUUUGAUGAUGUUAAUGAUGGUUUUUCAUGGUGUUGAAACGGUACAAGAUGGUGUUGGGAUUUUUGACUUUGAUCCCUUGGCAGAUGAAGAUUUCAGGAAGUUUCUCAGGGCUUGUAUUUGUGGCACCAUUGUGUUGUCAGAUUUGAAUUGUUACAGAGAUGAAUAUCUGAAACGAAUGGUUGCAUUCAGGAAAUACAGGAAACAAGAUGUUUUGGAUGCCCUAAUUAAACAAAGGGAAGAGUUGACGCAGAAAUACAUGAAUGAUGCUUCAAAAAUUGAAAUUGUUGCAAGAAAUAGUUCAGCAAGGAAAUCCAAACAUGUUGAAACAGAAGAUGAAGCUGAGACAGAUGUCAAUGUUGAAGGGAAAGGACGUGGCAAAGGCGGGAGACGCACCCGAGGAGGCAGACGCGGGAAGGCACGUGGACGAGGUGCUUCACGUGGUUAAUAAUUAUUGCUGAAAAAACAAUUUAAUUUUUUGUGUUUGUAUGUAGUCGAAUUACUACUUAGAAUGUACAAUUCUAAGUUUGAUAUAGUUACUGUUCAAAUAAUUUUUUGUGUUUGUAUGUAGUCGAAUUCUAAGUUUGAUAUAGUUACUCUCAAUGAUUUUUAAUUGUUUGAUAUAUGAGAGUAAUUAUA